AUGUCGCAAGGAUUAUGGCUUGUUUCUGCAGGAUAUGAUUUAAGCAUAUGCUUCAGAGAUAUUACAGAUCAAAAUUCUCAACUAACAAAGCUUAACUUGACUCAAGCUCAAGCAAAUAGAAUGAUUCCAUACGCUGAUUCGAAAUUUUUCGUUGCAAGCAAUCCAUAUAUAUUCCUUUAUGAUAGGAAUUUUCGCUCGGGAAAGCAUACAUUCAUGUAUCAAGGCCACCAAUCAAAUGUAACUGAUUUAUGUUUCGCCGGCAAUAGUCUUUAUGCUUGCAGUGAAGAUAAGACAUGGCAGAAGUGGGAAUUUGGAAAACCAAAGUCUCUUAAAGCAGUUCACACUGGUUGCUGCUUAAAUGCGAUUGCAUUAAUUCAAGACAAAACAAUCUUGAUUACAGGCAACGACCAUGGCCAAAUCGAAGCAUGGAAUCCAAACACAUACGAAAAGAUUACGACCGUUAAACUUGGCUCUUCUCCAAUUCGUUCAAUCGCCGAAUGCGGCAAGAAUGGCCCGAUCGUUGCUGGCCUUCAAGAUGGUCAAGUUGUUCUUUUCACAUACGCAAACAAUGAAAUUACAAUCCAAAAAACGAUUGUUGCCCAUAAAAACAUUCUUACACGCGUUGCUGCUUCUGCCGAUGGCAAAUACUUUGCAACCGCUUCAGCUGAUUCAACAGGUAUCGUUUGGGUUACUGAAACAUGCGAAAUUUAUAUGAGAUUAGAAGAUAAAGCACAAUCACAAUGGAUUUGGGAUGUUUGCUUCUCUAAUGAUGGAAAAUAUGUUGUUACAGGUGGAACUGAUAAGGUUUGCCGCCUUUGGAGCCUUGCUGAAAAGAAAUUAUCAAAUUAUUACGAAUGGAACUUGAAAGGAGUAACAUGCUUAACUUUACUUCAAUAA